UCUCGCCUUUGUCGGACUCCAUGGAACACUACCAGUAAGCUAUUAGUCUCUCCUGACCGCUUCUACGGAUGAAUCCAAUAUAACGUGUCGCCCUUGUUUGGGCACUCACCCCCGUUUUCACCGUGACCUAGAUAUUGCUUGUGCAUUUUCACCGGUAGUAUCUAGAUGAUUGCAGUAUACUCGGCUAGGCUCACACAUGGCGCGAAGGGUAAACCCCAACUGCCACUGCCAGCUGGGGAAUCAGGUUCAGUUGAACGGAACGAAUCCACCCACAUAGGGCUCGCCCCACCGUCAACAACAAAGCCCUCGCGAGUCGGGACGCGGAAGCAGGAGGCGAUGGCUUUUCUUUCUCGAGUUCUGAACCUAGUUGGUUGUUUGCGAUUGGGAUUGGGAUUUAUGCGCUGUCUUCGCUCAGGGUUUCUUGGUCAGGAUGGGACUGGGAUACUUGGACUGUACCUAUACCCGUGGUGUGUGUACUGUAGUCUUUUCGCACUCUAUUUUGAAAGAAGGUUGGGUAGAUUAUCGGGCAAGGUGGAUGUGAGGUUCGGCGGUUGACUGAAUGCUAAAGCAUAGAGGAAAGUGUUUUGUGGGGGAGGGGGUUUUGCUGUGGGUGGACACUGGUUGUGUUGUGCACUUGUUGAACGUCGUAUAGUGUAGUGUAGUGUAGUGUGGAAGGGCUUAAUAGUGAUAACUUAUAUACAUAUAUACUUACCCACUCAGUACGGAGUAUAUCUCCCUACUGGCCAUCACUGAAUAUAUCCUCCCAAC